AUUCAGGAAGGGCGCUUGCGCCGGCGGCGUGGCGGGGGGCGCAUGGGUGCGCGCGGAGCCUACGCCGGCGGCGUAGAGGUGUCGCUGGCUGGCCGCUGCCCGUGGAGUGGUGAGGGGAGGCGAGCGGCGGCUUAGAGCGACCCGGCCCGGGGGGCGCCGCCAUGGGGAGGCCGCGGGGCAGCGGCAGCGCGGCCCGCCGCUGAGCGCCUGCGGAGCUCGACGCCCGAGGAGCCGCCCUGGGAAGACCCUCUCCGCAGGAUGUUCUCGCCACCAAAGAGCUCCCUGUAGCAGGCGACGAUGACAAUCGCAGCGGGACCUCGGAAAGCACUAACGUUUCAGUAGCCCGGCACCCGUGGGUGGUCGCUCAUCCCUCCUCCUCCGCACCCCGCCCUCCCAUCGCACACCGUGAUGGUGUAUUGACAAAGAAGAGUCCUGCUUUCUUUUCUCCUCCCCCCUCAACUUUCGGCAGCUCUUGGAUUUGUAUGGCAGCAGCGUAACCGUGGAGAGGCCGGGGUAUCACAAACUUAUGGAUUUUGAUAAGAGAGGAGGGAAAGGGGAGCUGGAGGAAGGUAAAAGGAUGUCCAAGGCAGGUGGAGGAAGGAGCAGUCAUGGAAGCCGGAGUGCUGGAACCAACUCGGGAGUCUUAAUGGUGGGUCCCAACUUCCGCGUCGGCAAGAAGAUUGGAUGCGGCAAUUUCGGGGAGCUCCGUCUAGGGAAGAACCUCUACACGAACGAAUACGUAGCUAUCAAAUUGGAACCCAUCAAAUCCCGGGCCCCCCAGCUGCACCUGGAGUACCGGUUCUACAAACAGCUCGGCAAUGCAGAAGGAAUUCCUCAGGUUUACUACUUCGGCCCCUGCGGGAAGUACAACGCCAUGGUGUUGGAGCUGCUGGGACCCAGCCUGGAAGACCUCUUUGAUCUGUGCGAUCGGACCUUCACGCUCAAGACUGUCCUGAUGAUCGCGAUCCAGCUGAUCACGCGGAUGGAGUACGUCCACACCAAAAGCCUGAUAUACAGAGACGUCAAGCCGGAGAACUUCCUGGUGGGGCGGCCGGGGAGCAAGCGGCAGCACACCAUCCACAUCAUCGAUUUUGGCCUGGCCAAAGAGUAUAUUGACCCCGAGACCAAAAAACACAUCCCCUACCGAGAGCACAAGAGCCUGACAGGGACAGCACGCUACAUGAGCAUCAACACCCACCUCGGGAAAGAACAAAGCCGCAGGGAUGACCUGGAAGCGUUAGGACACAUGUUUAUGUACUUCCUCCGCGGGAGCCUUCCCUGGCAAGGCCUCAAGGCCGACACGUUAAAGGAAAGGUAUCAGAAGAUCGGUGACACCAAGAGAGCCACACCGGUGGAGGUGCUCUGUGAGAACUUCCCAGAAGAGAUGGCCACGUACCUGCGCUACGUACGGCGACUGGACUUCUUCGAGAAGCCAGACUAUGACUACCUGCGGAAGCUCUUCACAGACUUAUUCGAGAGGAAUGGUUACGUGUUCGACUAUGAAUACGACUGGGCAGGGAAACCACUGCCCACCCCCAUCGGCACGAUGCACAGCGAGGUGCAGGUGCAGCCGCCGAACAGAGACAAAGCACAGCCACACACCAAACACCAGGUGAUGAGCUCCACCAACGGCGAGCUGAACACGGACGACCCGACCGCCGGCCAUUCGAACGCCCCCAUCACAGCCCCCACCGAGGUGGAGGUGACAGACGAUACAAAGUGCUGCUGCUUCUUCAAGAGGAGGAAGAGGAAAACCACGAAGCGGCGGAAGUGAGCGGCGGGGCCCGUGGAGCGGCGUGCGCGGCGGCUCCUCUCCCUCCGGCCGCGGCCGGCUGGCGGCACACGGAGCCGGCGGGGGCUUCGCCUCGGCUCGGCCGGGGGGACACGGGCCGGGCCUGGCGGCCUCCCCCCCCCCGCCCCGGCCGGCGCCGGGCCCAAACUGCUCGCCCUUGCCGCUCGCCCGGCGCGGGGCCGUUGACUCGAGCCGAGCCCGACUUCGCUGAAGUUCCUGCGUCCGUCAAAAAGAAAAAAAAAAAAAAAAAAAAAGAAAAAAAAAAGGAAAAGAAACCGAAACAAAGCCGCAGCGUCACUUGCUUUUGAGUCUAUAACUAGUCUGAAAACAGGGAUCAACUCUACGGACUCCAACACGUCGCUGUCCUAGGAGAAGCAGAAGACAAAGUCGAGAGCGGUGGGCGAAGGAGGAAAAUUUUUUUUUUUUUUUUUUUUUUCUCCUGUUGCUUCUUUGUCUCUUAAGUUAAUUUAAAGUGAGUCUCGGUGCA